AUGGAAGAGAUGCAGACACAACUUGCUCAACUUACUCAAGCAAUGCACGGUCUGCUAGCUCAACGUAACGCACCAGCCGCCGCACCAGUAGAAGAACGAGAAGAUGACCAAUCCGAUCACGAAGACGAUGCUAACCCAUUCGCGAUUCUUGGAGAAAAUCGACCAAGAGCUCAACCAGCUCAACCUCAUGACCAAUGGGAUCGGAGCUUUAAAUUCGAAAUACCAGAGUUCCAUGGCAACCAGGUCGCGGAAGAUCUCCUUGACUGGAUCGCCACAGUAGACGAAAUACUAGAAUUUAAGCAUGUUCCGCUUGACCAAUGUGUCCCUGUCCUUGCGAUGCGGUUUCGCAGCAGAGCAACCGCGUGGUGGACUCAACUUAAGUCAUCCAGACUUCGUUUAGGCAAACCUAAAAUCGAGACAUGGGAUAAAUUGAAGAAACAUAUGCGAAAGACGUUCCUACCUUAUAACUACGACCAGUUAAUAUUUCAACGACUACAACAUCUCCGUCAAGGAAGCCGUACGGUAGAAGAAUAUGCCACUGAAUUUUUCUUGUUAUUAAACAGAAUUGAUCUUCAUGAUUCAGAUAGGCAACUAGUCGCCCGUUUCAUCGGUGGUCUUCGACAACAAAUUCAGCAUACGUUGAACCUGUUUAAUCCUAUCACGCUCUCAGAAGCUCAUCAACAGGCUUUAACCGUCGAAGCACAAAACAAAGCGACCUCCACUCCGUGGAAUUCCACUCGACAACAGCGCACAUCACAGGUCACAACUCCAACAGCUACAACAUCGGCACCACUCGCGGCCACACCCUCGGCAGCCAUUGUUCCCGUUGAUACGUCACGACCAGCCCGCACAGGUACCUUGCGAUGUUUCGCCUGCGGCGAAGCUGGGCACAGGCAGGCGGCUUGCCCCCAUCGAAAUCAACGAGGCCUCUUGCUUGACUCUUCAGGCCGUGAUGUUGAGAUUGAGUUCAAUGAACCUAUCUAUGACGAACCUGAGGAAUUAGAACCCGAUACUGGUGUUUGUCUAAUGUUGCACCGUUCUUGCCUAGCACCACGCAGCAGCAACGACUUCCCCCAGCGUAAUAAUUUAUUUCACUCUCGCUGCACCAUCGAAGGGAAAGUAUGUAAACUGAUUAUCGACUCUGGUAGUAGUGAAAACGUUAUUGCCGCGGACGCCGUAACCAAGCUCGCACUCAAAGAUGAACAGCACCCGGCUCCGUAUAAACUCGCCUGGUUACAGCAAACUCACGAUCUCCUGGUCACUCGUCGAGCUUUGGUCACCUUCUCUAUUGGUGAUACAUAUCGUGACACAAUUUACUGUGACAUUGCUCCAAUGGAUGCAUGUCAUUUGCUUCUCGGACGUCCAUGGGAGUUCGACCGAAGGAUAGUACACGACGGAUUCCUAAACACCUAUACUUUCACAUUCAACAAUCGAACCUUCACCCUUAAACCUUCACUACCGUCAUCAUCAUCACCUACAACUCCCUCUCCAGCACGUCCUACAGACUCAUCUAACCCUCUUUUACUUCUACACAAGACACCAUUCGAAGCGGCAAUGCGCGAAGAAGAUAUAGUUUUUAUCUUAACGGCAACGCCAUCGUCGCCACUUCUUGACAAUAAAACUCGACCAGAGUUUCAAGCCAUCGUUAAAGAAUUUGAGGACGUUUUUCCAAACGAUCUCCCUCCGGGAUUACCACCACUGUGA